AUGGAUCACGUCUCAACACUUUGUGCAUUGAGCACGGUAGGAAUCGCACCCACCGGCUUGGCCCUCGGUCGUGUCGAACGAUCGAAGCCGAAGAUAUUUCGCCGGAAAACCCUCCCUUACGAACCCCCAGUGCUUCCUACACCUCCAGAGGCAACCCCGGUCGAUGUCCGGCCCAAAACAUCUCGAUCAAAUCGCCCCAGUUUAGCGGCCGUGGACUGGACGAUCAAUGAAAAGGAACCAGCGACCGAGGGAGGGAAUAUCCCCCGUGGUAAUCAAUUCCAAGAGCCGGACCUUCGCCGUGCAUCGCUAUCCUUUGGCGCGGCCAGAUACCGUCGUCGCGGUCAAACAUUGACCAACCCGCCCUUGCGAAUCCCUGAACAUGCCCCUACAGAAUCAAAUGAGGCGGAAUCGCAUUCGCGCCGGCCGUCAACAAGCUGGUUGCGCCGGUUAUCUAUCUUAGCCAACAUCGAGCUCCGAACAAGCUCGUUAAACGCCCUUCGACAAGACGUUCCAACGCCACCACCCUCUCUUUUCGUCAAUACUGCUGUAUCCCCCGGGUCAGCAUUACGCCGGCCUGCGACCAGCUACCAGCGGUCCGAGACAAUGCGAUUACAAACUCCCAUAACUCCAGAUUUCGAGUCACGAUUUUCACAACAAUUUCCUCGUGCUGAUUCCCCAGCAAUUGAAGAGUUUGAAUUCCAAUCGCAGGAGGAUUGGAAACCAUUCUUGCUCCCAAAGGCACAGGGCUUCUCGGAGAAGCUUUCUCGGAGGCUUUCCACUGCAACAGCUCCAAUAGCCCAAAGUGUGAGGCGUCUUGUCUCGGACUCGGAUACGCUUCCCGCAUUGAUUUCAGCAACCACUAUAAUAAACAAGACCGCUGUGCCUCGGGACGAGCCUGCAGAACCGGCUCAGUUCCGAAACCCGUUCCAGGCACCAGUCGAAAAUGCUGCUCCUGGUCCUCGUCCUCUGCCAACAUCAAAACCUGAACCAAAAUCCGGAUCAGCUUUACCUCCAAAAACAUCCCCAUCAGAAGCACCACCAUCGCCAGCACUACCUCCCUCCCCAAAGAAACCUGCUCACAAACAUUCGUAUUCUUUCAAUGAUCUUGUACCGAAAAGGAUCGUCGUUAACACGGUGACAGCGACUGGCGCCCCGAUUAUUGGACCUCGUGGCGGAUCUCUGAAGCGAGUCAAGGGACGCACAUUCUCUAUACCUCGUUCGGAAAUUUCCAGGUUAGAAAAGGUGCAUCCAAAUUUGCCUUCGGCUCCGAAACGGCGCAAUAUCACUGAUCCAGCUGUGUUCCGUCGACCACCGCCUCUCACAUCUCCUGAAUUACCUGGGUCAACCUUUAACGGGCAAUCGGCGGGUUUGCCACGAUCAGUGUCCCACGACUACAACAUCGGCCUACGGCAUCACCGUCCUUUAACCACCGAUGCCUCAUGCACCCUCUUCUCUCCGGCGCCGCCUAAGAGACAUUCCAUUGCAGCGUCUGAUCCGGCCUCGACUAUCAUUGGCUCUGAUGAUACUCGCGUCUUCACCUCUGGCGACGAGUACGAAACUGAUUUCAUGACGGAUUAUUGGGAUUCCAUCCGUACUCGGGGGACACAAGGCAGCGGAAUGAAAGGAGUGAAUGGGUUGAAUGGAGUAGAUGGAAUGAAUGAAUUGAGUGGGUUGAAUGGCCUGCGGAUCGAGACGAUGUUCGACAAGGCAGGCACACAGCUGUCAAAUGAGGAAGUCGCGACCCUGGAAGAUCUCCUUCCGCGCGGCUCGUUUGCCUCCCGCGUGGAAAAGGAUCCUCCACUCUUCUCCGACUCUCUUCUCCCUGCUGUGACUCGAGUUCGCACAGAUGAUAACUUGUCUUUCUUUGAUGAUGACGAUGAUGACAGUCAUAGUAUGAUCGGAGCCUUGCCUGGUGAACGAGAUGGUCCUUCACUUCAGAUGCCCACGGCCUUCCCUCUCUCUAGUCCCCUAGAGCUGUCUGGCCCUAGUUCGCCUUCCAUGCUUUUCGCCGAUUCUCACGCCGAGAAAUUGCAGCCAAGCCAGAAAAUGAACAUCUUUGACUGGUCAGAGCAGACACGACUGGACAGGGAUCAGUCCGACUCCGAAGCCCGCCCGAGUACCGUGCAUGGGAAACAAAACGCUAUCGAUCGGGGAAGCCGUGCAGCCUGUCGAAAGGUGCCAUCCAGCAUUCACCUUCGCAGCCAGAGUGUACCUGUCGCUAGGGAAUUGCCCCCGAAUGACUCUCGCCAGACAUCUGGGAAAUUCGGUACCUGGGGCCUGGGGAGCAAGGGCGUGAGUGAGGACUGGGACAGUGACUUUGACUUUGAUGACGGUGAGGAGGAGGAUAUCCCCAGCCAGAAGACAAAGAGCACCGAGUCCGAAGCUCCGGCACAAAGCAUGACGGUUCCCCAGGCCAUUCUCGAACGCCAAGCCAGCCUGCGCGGCCAGUACGGCCAAGUACAAGAAUUGACACUACUGGUGGAGGAGCUCAAACGGCUUCGACACCAGGCCAGUGUCUUGGAUCUUGUCGGUGGCCCAUCAAGCGAGCUCUGGAAAGAAGCAGAGAGUAUUGUCAACCUUGCCACCAUCGAUGACGAGGAAAAUCAGCGCUCACCUCCAGGCUCGCCUUUAUCGCUUACCUUCAGCUUUGACGACUCCGAUGACGAGGGAUUGACCGUUCCGUCGACGAAACGCGAUAGCGAUGGGUCAUGGCGAAGUGCAGCGAAACAAGAAACCACAUUAAACUUACCGCUGAGGCAACCCAAACGUGACAAUGAAGGCUCCUGGCAAGAAACGUCAACCAACAAUAACCAACCAUAUAGUCAGCCCCUCCGACAACUCUCUAAAAGCUCACCCAAGUCGAAAUCUGUCCUCGAUAUUUUGCAGCCAACUCGAGGUCACGACCGAUCAGCCACCUUGCCUGACUUACGGCCGUCGUCCCGUACUCAAAAGCUCCCGUUUGACACAUCCUCGCUCCGCAACCUUGUUGUCCGCGCCGGGGUAGUCACUCGGGCCCUGAAAGAAGUCAUCCGCAAAGCCGAAGGCGUGGACCCGAACCCACAGGGCAUGUUUCCUUCCGAUCCACCUUUCCGACGAAUUUUUGAUCAACCUUCUCAUGACGACCUUGCAAGCUUCGAAGCCGCUUUGGCCGAGAUGCACUAA